ACUUACCUGUUCAUGAAAUCAAGCUACCCUUCCCCACUAAAAGUUGUGGAGGCUAUUGCAAGGUUCACCCUAAUCAUGCACUCUUGUACUAUUGCUUCCUUUUAAGCUCUAGAGCUGAAACAAUACCACUACUCUUCCUCUUUGUCUUUCUCUGCCUCCCCUUCCCCCACCACCACCCCCCACUCCCCCACCCAAAAAAAAAAAAAAAAAUGGUUUUGGUUGUUACACAUGGUGACAAAGAUGGUGCAAAUGAUGGAACUGUGGUAGAUUUCCGAGGAAACCCUGUGGACAAGUCCAAGACAGGAGGAUGGUUGGCUGCAGGGCUCAUCCUAGCAACUGAACUGUCUGAAAGGAUAUGUGUGAUGGGCAUAUCCAUGAAUUUAGUGACAUAUUUGGUUGAAAUUUUGCAUAUUCCAUCAGCAAAAUCUGCAACCAUUGUGACUAACUUCAUGGGCACUCUCAAUCUUCUUGGUCUCCUAGGAGGUUUCUUGGCUGAUGCUAAACUUGGCCGGUACUUGGCAGUUGCAACCUUUGGAGCCAUAACUGCUUUGGGGGUGACCUUGUUAACAUUGGCUACAACAAUUCCUAGCAUGAGGCCCCCUUUAUGCGAUAGCUACAGAAAUCAACAACAUCUGUGUAUUGAGGCCAAUGGCCAGCAACUGGCUAUGCUCUAUGCUGCACUCUAUAUCAUAGCACUGGGUGGUGGAGGAAUAAAAUCCAAUGUCUCCGGCUUCGGAUCUGAUCAAUUUGAUCAGAACGACCCCAAGGAAGAAAAGGACAUGAUCUUCUUCUUCAAUAGGUUCUAUUUUGGCAUUAGCAUCGGGUCCUUAUUCUCUGUAAUAGUGCUUGUGUACAUACAGGAUAACGUGGGAAGAGGGUGGGGGUAUGGAAUUUCAGCAGGGACAAUGGUCAUAGCUGUUGCUGUAUUACUCUGUGGGACACCAUGGUAUCGAUUUAAGAGGCCUCAGGGGAGCCCUUUGACUGUAAUAUGGAGGGUACUAAUCUUGGCAUGGAAGAAGAGGGGUCAUCCAUAUCCUUCUCACCACAGCCUUCUGAAUGAGUACCAAAGCUCCAGGGUUCCACACACUGAGAAGUUCAAAUGUCUUGACAAGGCUGCAAUCCUGGAUGGUUUUGCCGGUGCCAGUGAAAACAAAAACAACCCUUGGAUAGUGUCAACUGUGACCCAAGUUGAAGAGGUGAAAAUGGUACUAAAGCUGAUGCCCAUCUGGUCAACAUGCAUCCUCUUCUGGACAGUCUACUCUCAAAUGACUACCUUUACCAUAGAGCAAGCCACCUUCAUGAACCGUAAAAUAGGCUCCUUUGAUAUUCCUUCGGGUUCUUUCUCUACUUUUCUUUUCAUCACCAUUCUCCUUUUUACUUCCCUAAAUGAGAAACUCUUUGUCCCUCUUGCUCGAAAAAUCACCCACAAUGUCCAAGGAAUAACAAGCCUUCAAAGGAUUGGGAUUGGGCUCAUUUUCUCAAUAGCAGCUAUGGUUGCUGCUGCAGUUAUUGAGAAACAGAGGAGGGAAAUUGCAGUUCAACAGAAUCACAAAAUACGUGCUUUCUGGCUAGUACCUCAGUACUUUCUAGUGGGUGCUGGAGAAGCUUUUGUCUAUGUUGGACAGCUUGAAUUUUUCAUCAGAGAGGCACCAGAGAGGAUGAAAUCCAUGAGCACAGGGCUUUUCCUAAGCACCAUCUCCAUGGGUUUCUUUGUUAGCAGUUUGUUGGUGUCUAUUGUGGAAAAAGUGACCAACAAGAGCUGGCUCAAGAGCGAUUUAAAUAUGGGAAAGGUAGACAACUUUUACUGGCUGCUUGCAGUGCUCGGAUUACUGAAUUUCUUCAUUUUUCUUACGUUUGCAAUGAGACACCAAUACAAAGAGAAGCAGCAUAUCAGUACUUAUGACAAUGGGGAAAAGGAGCUUAAGACUUUAAAUGGUCUUACAGUUGAUAAAACAGAAGAGAAGGUGAGUAUUUAGGCAAUGGAGGGACCCUAGCAUGUAUGUAUGCUUUCAAGGGACCCUAGCAUGUCUGUAUGCUUUCAAGGGACUUGCAGUACUAUUUGGUCCCAGAUAUUGUUAAAUUAAUGUGUUUCACCCUCAUAAAUCAUCACAUGGUAAUCGGUCAUUUGAUCCCUAUUAAA